AUGGAUUGGAAUAUAUCUUUUUGAGUUUGAGUUUGGUAUAAUGGACUGAAAAUGAAUUACAGUACUUUUUUUUCCCGUGGUUAGGCUUGUGCGAAGUGCGAACGUUUCUGGACAGAAUUGGCUAUUCACUGGUUUCCUUCCGAUUCAGGUUGCAUAUUAUAAUUAUGGAUCCCGUGGAUGGAAUUCUUGAGGUGGAAGGAAAAGGGGAUGCGUUUAUUCGUGUGAAAGUUCUGUUCUUUGCUCGUGCCAGGGACCUUACCGGCUUGGAAAAUAUGCAUCUGGAAGUUUCACCUGGCAGCACUGCACAAGAUUGUUUGGGUAAGCUUAUUGCCAAGUUCCCAAGUUUGCAAGAGAUCUGCAGUUGCAUGGUUCUUGCCCUUAACUGUGAGUACAUUUCAGAAUCCACCAUUGUCAAUAACAAAGAUGAGCUUGCAAUUAUUCCUCCUAUAAGUGGAGGUUAGACUACUCAGCACACCCUUAUGUUGUAAAAAUGUAGGGAAUGAACAAUUUUAAUUCCUUAAAUAUCGCGCGAAAAAUAACUUUAAAAAUAAAUUUUGGAGGCAGGUUUUUGCUGUUCAAACAUUUAUGUCCUUGGGCUGUUUGGCACUUGGCCGUGUAUAUCUUUUAUAACACCCAUAAUUUCAAAUUUCGUUUUAGCAGCUGGUGAAUAAAUUAUUCAACCAUCC